AUGGACACCACACUGAUCGGAAUAGCCAUUUGCUUUGUUGGCUCCUUCCUUGGGGCAUUGGGAGAUAAAUUUGUCCAUGACAGCUAUAUCAAAGACAACACGCAAAAAAAACACAUGUCCCAAAUGACUAUGUGGUUAUUUGGAACCCUACUCAGCGUAGUCAUAGAUCCAAUACUCACAAUAUGUUCGUUGUAUUUCGCUUCCGCUGUAUUGGUUGCACCAUUUGCAGGAGUACAUAUCUUGUGGAAUUUAAUCAUUACAAACAUUUCGUUGAAAAUCAAAACCAAGUUGCACCAGUACAUGGGAUCCUUCUUCCUAAUUUGCGGUAUUGCCUUAAUUAUUAUUUUUUCGGAAAAAAAAGUCGACAUACAUAGCAUGAAUGAUUUAGCUAGCUUGUAUAGUCAGACGAAGGUAAUCAUUUAUCUUGUCCUCACCUUCACCAUCAUUGUUACUCUGUUGGUCAUUUGUUUGCUUCCAUUUCUCUUCAAAGAUAUCAAAAAUGUUUUCUCCAAAAAUGAACAACUUUUAUACAUGAACAAAUUUUCUACAAACACAUAUACACAUUCAUGUGAAAUUUCGCUUUUUAAAAAAAAUGACACUCGUGCGAAAUUUUCGGGAGGAACAACAUCCUUUAAAACUGGUAAGGUGGGAUACUAUAAGCAGGAUCCCACGGAAUACCCCUUGAAUGCAUCAGAUGAUCCCAGAAUCGGUGUAACCACCUCCGAUAAAGAAAACGCUUGCGGGAAUAGUCCAACUAGGAAGGAAAGAUUUAUGAACAGAUCAACAGAAGGUGACAACUUUGCUCCUCCCUUCAACGAUGGAAUAAUAACUUCUAGUCAGGGGAAAAAACUCAUAGCGAGAAGACGAACAAAAGUUCAGGAAAAGACAAACAAUGCCAAUCGAAUAGACGCACUGAAUAACAGACAAGCUCACUCCCUACCUCGUCUACCUGCCAAACACACAUUUCCAAAACAUCCAACUGAGAAAAUUAAAAAGAUAAAUUUCAAGUCAAGUAAGACGGAGAAAAAAAAACACCUACUUAAAUUCCGCAAAAACAAUCACUCAUGGAAUGAGGGAAAGGAAAAUGUUGAGCGAUGUUUACGGGGGAAAUCUCUCCCUGUUAAUGCAGCAAACUCAGAUAUGCUAGAUACGAAAUGUUCAAAACAGAUCGAAUCAUGUGACGACCUCUAUUGGAGUGAAACCAUCCCCCACCCUAGUGACAAGAAGGAAAAUAACUUAAAUUACAAAAGCGGAAGCCACACAACGAGAUGCUCCAAUUUAGAACCGCUUAUAGAACCCACACCGAGUAACAGAGCAGAAUCUACAUCUACUUAUAAAAAAAAAAAAAAAAAGAAAAAAAAAAAUUUACUAUUAUCACCGAAUCGACAUAACAAAAUGAUAAAAAAAAAAUACCAAAAUAAAGGCAGGGAGGAAAAACAGGAAGGUUCCCUCCGUUACACAAAUAGCCAUAAACAGAAUGGUCAUACAGUGGAGGACCACCCCGAAAUGAGUCCCCAAUCGAGUCACCCCAGUUCAGUUCCAGGUAGUGAAACCUUCUCUCCAAUAAAUAUCCUUAAACGUGCCAAUAAAUUUGAUUCAUCUGAAAAUUGGAAAGAUGGGGAGCCUUUCUCCCUGAUGGUUUAUUCUCCCACGCGUGAAAGGGGAAACACAAGGAAGGCAAGCAUCGGCAGUAGCCCCGCGAGCAACGAGGAAAUAACUAACCCACCCGAAUCAACAGAUCCUAACGGAAGUAGUAAUAUCUGUGGACGAAGCGACUCCGCCCAGCUACAUUACAUGUCGCUCAUCGCGUCCAUGUACCCCUCAGCAGACAAAUCAAGAAAAAUCAGACACCCAGAAAUCUUAUACAGAAUAUGCUGUUGCACAGUAUGUGGAAUGACAGGAGGGUUCGUAAAUAUUUUUUCUGAACAAAUCAUAGGCAUCCUCUCAAAAGAGAAAUUUCACAUGUUUACACACCCCUUUGCAUACGUACUCAUCAUGCUAACUCUCUUUUGCUUAUGCAAUCAGUUAUUAUUUCUGAACAUUUCGUUGUCUAAAUUUAGCGUUACAUCAGUCAUUCCCCUCAUUAUGUCUAACAUCGUCUUCUUUAGUAGCCUCACAACCAUAAUAAUGCGCCAGGAAGAAUCCGUGAUCCAGUUCUCCAACGCUGCGUUUUUCUCCCUAGGCGUCCUCCUCGUAAUUAUCGGCAUACUAUACCUGCAGUAUAAUAUAAAUCGAAUCCUUUUGCGUUGCUUCAAACCGAAAAAAGGAUGA